UCUAAAAAUAACGUUCAUUUUUUAAUCUAUUUUUAUCUAUCUCACACUAUUUGCUUUUCUUGUCCAUACUUUUUGUUGAAUUUCAUAUUUCUUAUGAAAUGAAAUGAUUUAAAAAUAAUAAUGAAUGAAAAUAUAUGUUAUAAAAAAAUAUGCCAUUCUCAAAAUGAAAAGGCAGCAAUUUUAAAAUUAGAUGUAUACAUAAAAAAAUAUGAAAAAAAGUUCGGAAAAAUAUCAUCUCAAAAAGUUUUGCCACCAAAACAAUUAAAAUUAUUAAAUCUUAUGCAUAAAUUAAUAAAAACUAUAGAAAAAGAAGAAAUCGAUAAACAACAAGCAUUUCAAUUACUAAAAAUAUCUAAUGAUGCAAUAAAAACAACUAUUUCUACAUUUCAAGAUUCAAUGAAACGAUAUAAAGAAAGCGUAAGAACUGAAUUUGCAAAACUUGAUUGUUUAAGUACAAAUCGACUUUUAAAUAUUAAUUAUAUACAUAUAUAACUUAUUAAUGUCAAAUUAAAUAUUAAAAUUAUAAAAAAAUAUAGAAUUAUUAUUAAAUUUAAAAUAUUUUAAA